AGGUGAUUAUAGUUUUUAAAAAAAUAUUCUUUAACACUUUCAAGGUGACUUUAAGUGCAUACAUUUAUAUAGUUAACUCAUGUUAGACGCAAGAAAUAGGCUAAAUUCCAACCUAUUUCAUUUCGAUUCAGCCAGUUUCGUAGAAUCUUCAAAAAAUUGUAAAUAUUAUGAAUUCAUAACAUUUUCCCAUUACGUAUCUUCUUUUUUUGAAUACUGACAUUUAAACAUCCUGCAUGUCUGUCGUCGAUCCAAAUUCCAUAGUGACCUUCACGGACGUAUUUCAUUGGUGAUUUUUUAAAUCACGAAAUUAUGUCUCGUAAAUAACUGGUCUUCCACGGCUUAUCAAAUCAGAAGCCCUGCAACAGACCAGAAAUUAUUGUAAAAAUAGGCCGCUCAGACACUGAAUAUCACUUUUAGAUGAAGGCAUACAGUGCCUGUUAGUUAGUUCGUAAAUUACUCAGUGAAGAUCUCUCAACCAUGGGCAAAAUGGAGUUUAUGCGUAAACUUUUAUUUUGGAGGAGAAUGGAAGUGGAUUUUCAUGACCCUACUUUUAAAUCGGACAUGGAUCUCGUAGAGUAUGGCUCCGGAAAACUUCAUGCAUCUACAGACGAGUUCAGUCACUCAAAAUCUGAUCAAAAACCCUGUCCACGCUCGAAAGUCGCUCAACAGGCUGAAUUAUCAUCGUUCAAUUCUCCGAUUGGUGUAUUACUUUCUUGUUUGGGUUGUGUCAUAGGAACAGGUAACAUAUGGCGGUUCCCACGUAUUAUUGCCAGUACAAGUUACUCUCAAGGAUGCCUAACAUUUCUCAUUGCAUGGGCAUUAUCUUUAUUUAUAUGGUCUUUGCCAUUGAGUAUUGUUGAAUAUACACUGGGUCGAUUUACUCGAACAUCACCAUUGGGUGCAUUUCAUAGGUUUCUUGGCAAUAAAUUGGUAUGGUUGGGAGGAUGGAUUGUUGGUGUAACUUAUAUGAUCACGUAAGUAGACUUUUGAAUAAAUUUUCGCACAAAAUCUAAGUCGCUGAUUCUACAAGAAAUGAAUCUUCUGCUACUAUGGCAUCUUUACUGAACGUACCAGAUAAUGAAAUCUGGAUACAGUGCUUAUUUUUCAGUGAUCGUUGGAUGGUGUUUAUACUAUUUUUACAAAUCCUGUGCUUUGUCAAGUCUUCCGAGAGAUGAAGAAACAAGUAUUCAGAUUUUCAAUGCAUUUGCAAGGGACUCCUACUGGCCAGUAUUAACUCAUGCAUUAGCUGUUUUUAUUGUUGGUGCCUGUAUAUUUGGAGGUAUAAAAUGGAUUGAGAAAGCCAACAUGGUUUUGGUGCCUAUGUUACUAGGAAUAUUGAUUUUUACAUUUGGAUGGUCAUUAACAAGAAAAUAUUCAGAAGUUGGGAUCAAAUUUCUAUUUACUCCUUAUUGGGGUAGCAUGUUCAGCCCCAGUUUGUGGGUUGCUGCUGCUAGCCAAAAUGCUUUUGAUACUGGUGCAGCUAUGGCUUUGUUUAUUUCGUAUUCUGCGUAUUUCAAUCGAAAAAAUGGUUCUGUACGACUUGGGACUAUGAUUCCAAUGUGUAAUAAUAUGGUGAGUCUACUCUGUGCACUGACAAUAUUUUCGACUGUGUUUUCGACUUUAAUACAAAAUUCGCCUACAUUGACACGUUCCGGUAUUGUAAAAAUUAUGCAAUCCAAUGGACCUGGUAGUACAGGUUUAACAUUCACCUGGAUUCCAGUCUUGUUUGCUUACGUUGGCGGUUUCGGAAGAGUUUUAUGCUCUUUAUUCUUUUUAUGCCUUUCGUUCGCUGGGAUAACUUCAUUAAUUGGUCAUGUUCAGUUAACAGUUAUAACAGCGAAGGAUUUAGGAUUGAGCCACAGACAAGCUGCUUUCGCUGGUCUAUUUCUUACACUGAUAUUCGGUAUGCCUUCUGCAUUUAGCAUAAAUGUUCUUACAAAUCAAGACAAUGUUUGGGGUUUCGCGCUUAUGCUGUCAGGUCUUGCUAUGGCCGGUUUGGUGUUGAUAUACGGUCCAAUGAAAUACAGAAAAGUAAUUGUGAAUGACUUUGGAAUCGGUGAUUGGACACUUCCAAUUGUCUGGGUUUUUAUGAUAAGUGUUUUAGUACCACUUUCUGGAGUCGGACUAAUCAUUUGGUGGGCUUACGACCUGAUACGAUCAAACCCCUAUUGGUACCAUGUAACAUUAGACUCUAUGACGACUACAUUACUUGAGUGGCUGACUCUUUUCCUAAUUCUAAUAACUGCAAACAGUAUAGCAGUGUGUAAAAAUGUGGAUCUCUUCCGUAAAGACAAACAAACUGGUUAUGAUCCUCACAAUCCCGAUUACCCACCGAAAGAUGAACUCCAAUCAAUAGAAGAUGAAUUCUUUGCUGUAUCAACUGACAGUGUAAAUAUAAAUGAACAUCAAAGCCGAACAAAUAUGUAAUGUAAUGUAUUCUCUUAUAAGUUUAAUGAAUGACUAAAACAUUUAUCGCACAUUUAUGUUACGAUAUAAAUAUUUUUACCUCUUGUUCUUAUUUUUUCUAAAUCAAAUGUAUACUUUAAUAUAAUGUUGACAAACAAUAAACAUUUACAUUCGAUAGCAUAAUA